AUGAGUGACGAAGAUGACAUUUACGACGAAUAUGUACCCAUCAGAAAAAAUUUACUUUGUAUCAAGAAUGCUUACGAUCAAUUUGUAUCAAAAUUAGCCAAAAAAUUACCGACCAAAUCUUUUUACAAAGGAGCUUUCCAGUUCGGUAUUAUUGAUCAUCAUCAAGUUGCAUGUAAGCAAAUUGAUAUCAAUGAAAAAAUUUUGGGUGCUAUCGAUCCUGAGCAGUUCGAUGAUAUCAAAGAUUGGCUAUCGAUGAUGUUUGAUGAUGAUCAAUGCCGUCCAUUUGCUCGUGAAUUCAUCGAAGAAUUAAGUAAAGAAUUAGGUGAAUCAAGCCUGGAACAACUGUUAGAAAACGUAUAUAUAAAAGAUGGAUUCUUUGUCAUUUCAAACGAAGUUGAAGGAGGAUCCUCAUUUAAAUCAGUCCAAGUCGAUGCAGAUGAGCCAGUUAUCAUUAUUAAAGAUAAAAAUCGAAAAGUUCAUGAACAAUUGCGUAGCUAA